AUGCGCAAAAUGGGGAAUCUAGCCGGUGUUCCGAUUGAACCACCUGAGCAAACUGCCAUUCUGGAUGCAACAUUGGCAAUCCCUGGUGUUCUCAUUGCUGGAGUUCCUGGAGCGGGUGGAUACGAUGCAAUUUGCGUUUUGGCGAUUCACGAGCAUGCUAUAUCUGCCAUUGAAAAAUUGUGGAUGCAAUGGCCAAAAUCUCACCCCAACUCCAUUAUCUGCCCUUUAUUGUGCAAUGUUGAUCGUGGAGUAACAAGCAGUUCAAGCGUAUAUUCUGGACUGCAGUUACACUCUUGUCGAUCGUUGCACCCCGUAGAUACUGCGACUCUACAUACCUCUCAACCCACUAUUAAAAGUCGUAUGUCUUUGGCAAAGCGAAAAUAUGAUGAAGUGGACGGUAUCGAAAAUGACACACUAGCUGAAAUAAACAAGUCCACAAUGAACAACGAACCAAAUGAUCAAGUAAAUAUGCUGGAGGAAAAACAGUAUGGAGAGUUUUCGAUCCCUGGAUUGCGUUUCGCAACCGAGUCUUGGGCUGGCAUGAAGACAAGUAAUGAAGAUCGUCAUGUUUCUUGCGCUAGCUACUUCCCUGGGCAAGUGUUUGGAGUAUUCGAUGGUCAUGGUGGGACAUUCACCGCCGACUUCUUGUCGAGCCAUCUUAUAAGGACUGUAGCAUCAUUUUUACAUCAACGCAUCGGAGCCAAAGCGCUUUCAACGUUACAGAGAUCUCGAGAAAUGUCACGCCAGGAAGAUGAGCGCAAGCAUGCAAUUGUUAAGCAAGUGAAUUUGCUACGUAAACAACUCGUAGAGCUGGAAGAUUUGAAACUUUCUGAGUCAACUGAUGAUGUGCAUAAAUUGGUCGAUCAACUUGCUAACGCUAUCUCACAGAUUGAUAGUGAAGUAUCGCAACUCGAUAAGGAACAAGCAGCACGCGAACUUGAGCGAAGGACAUGGUGCCAAGAAAACCACACUCUUUUCUUAAAAUGCUUUCGCGAUGCCUUUGCACGAAUCGAUUCUCAAAUUCUAAUGAAAAAUCAGACGCAAGAUGGGUCGACGGCCCUGCUCGCUUGGUUCCUGGCAGACACAGCUCGUUUACACGACCAAAAAGACGCGGAGGAAAGCGCUGAAAUUAAAUCCCAACAGAUAGACGAAUUGAGCUUCUACCUCGUAAAUGUAGGCGACUGCCGUGCUGUCAUGUGUCGGAGUGGUCGAGGCAUUGCACUUACAAGUGACCACAAACCAGAUCGUAUCGACGAACAGAAACGAAUUGAAAAAGCAGGUGGAUUUGUAAGCAAGAUUGCUGGAAUUCCACGCGUGUAUUCAGCAGCCGGGGCUGGGUUGGCCAUAGAUCGAGAGUCAUCAACGUAUUUGGCAGUGUCGCGUGCAUUCGGUGACCGAUCGCUCAAAAUUCCGACUGCUCUUGUAUCUUGUGAGCCAGAAAUCAAACGAGUUGAGGUCCAUCCUGAUGACUUAUUCCUUAUUUUGGCUUGCGACGGUGUCUGGGACGUUUUAAGCGCGCAAGAUGCCGUGGACAUCACAUUGCCGCACUUUUACGAUGCAAAAGCUGCCGCUAAUGCGGUUGUCAAGGCGGCUUACAAGAAAGGAAGCACAGACAAUCUCACGGUUACAGUCAUUCAGUUCGGCUGGAAGUCCAACGUCCAGGUUAUCGAAAGUUGCAAAACGGCGAGUUCAAGACCAAAUCAGGAUGAGAAUCUUCCUCGAGCAGAUGAAGCUGAAGAGGAGAUCGAUAUGUUUAGUUAUUAG